AUAGUCACGAUACACUACAUUCUCUAGUUGGGCUUUACAGAUUUGCCCUAACUUGCCCCUCACCCGCUCAAUCUAAGCGAUCAGCCCCCUCACGCUCCUACUUGAAGAAUCGAACUCCGGUCACCGGCCACCGGCCACCGGUCCACUACACCUUCGUCGGCUGUUACAGGCUGCGACUUCACUUUCUAAGGCUGCGCGGCCCCAUCUUCUCAAGCUACAACUCCGACACCAUCUCCGGCUUCGGCGCUCACAUCUCCGGCUGUGACUGACUUCGGGGCCAGGCCAGGUGUUUUUUUCUACUUUAGCACCAGGUAACUUCAAAUUCAGUUUUCGUCUAUUCCUAAUAACGCCACCUCAAGCAACCAUGACCACCGCAAGCAACGGAUAUAUGAACGGAUAUAUGAAGAUGGAGGAUGGGUUUCCGGCAACCAGACUCUUCAACCAAGGAUACUCUUACACCUACGACGACGUUAUCUUCCUCCCUCAUUAUAUCGACUUCUCAACCGACUCCGUUCAACUAAACACAAAACUCUCUCGUAACAUAAACCUCUCUAUCCCAUGCGUCGCCUCUCCAAUGGACACAGUCACCGAAGCAUCCAUGGCUGUUUCAAUGGCCGCUGUAGGUGGUAUCGGAAUCAUCCACUCCAACAACACCGCAUCUGAACAGUCAUCCUUAAUCCGGUCAACCAAAUCCCACCGUAUCCCUUUCGCAUCAACCGAUAUCCCGUUUUUGUCACCGGAUGAUUCCAUUUCAUCCGCCUCUGUUUUCAAUAACUCCCCAUGCGUUUUCAUAACCAAUGAUAAGAAUAACAAGAAUCUGUUAGGCGUUGUCGAUAAGUUAACCUGGGAAGGUUUACCCGAUAAGGAGGCUAGGAUUUCAAGCUAUAUGCAGAAGAACGUGGUAACAUUGCCAAAUACGUGUAACCUUAAAGAUGUUGCUGGGUAUUUAACAAAAAAGGAGAUGGAUUUUGUGCCUUUGGUGAGUGGAGAAGGGGAGGUGAUAAAUGUGGUGAGUAAAUGGGAUGUAGAGAGGAUUAAUGGGUUCCCGAAGACCUCCGGUUUGCCUUCUGUUGGAGAAAACGGGGAGUUUUUGGUGGGAGCUUCCAUUGGGACUAGGGAGAAUGAUAAGGAAAGGUUAGAACAUAUUGUUAAAGCUGGUGCUAAUGUGAUUGUGAUCGAUAGUUCACAAGGAAACUCGAUUUAUCAGAUAGAGAUGAUCAAAUAUGUUAAAAAAACGUUUCCUGAUUUGGAUGUGAUUGGUGGGAAUGUGGUUACGAUGUAUCAAGCUCAAAACUUAAUACACGCUGGAGUUGAUGGGUUGAGAGUUGGAAUGGGGUCCGGUUCCAUUUGUACUACUCAAGAAGUUUGUGCUGUUGGCCGAGGACAGGCAACCGCAGUGUACAAAGUAUCAUCGGUUGCUGCACAAAGUGGUAUUCCAGUGAUCGCUGAUGGUGGGAUUUCAAAUUCUGGACAUAUAGUCAAAGCUUUGACUUUAGGAGCGUCAACUGUGAUGAUGGGGAGCUUUUUAGCAGGAAGUACCGAAGCUCCUGGAGCUUAUACAAAUCAGGGGGGUGAAAGGGUGAAAAAGUAUCGAGGAAUGGGGUCUCUAGAAGCGAUGAGAAAAGGGAGUGAUGCACGUUACCUGGGUGAUACAGCUAAAAUGAAGAUUGCGCAGGGGGUUGUUGGAGCAGUUGCAGAUAAAGGUUCGGUGUUAAAGUUUAUUCCGUAUACUAUGCAUGCAGUGAAACAGGGUUUCCAAGAUCUUGGUGCUUCUUCCUUACAUUCGGCUCAUGAUUUGUUGAGGUGUGGGGUCUUAAGGCUUGAGGUACGAACAGGAGCAGCACAGGUGGAAGGUGGAGUUCAUGGCCUUGUGUCUUACGAAAAGAAAUCCUUCUAACCACAUUCACAUUCACAUUCAUUGUUAAGUUAUGCAAUGCACAAGCUCUUGUUGCAAUUGACUUAAUUUGGGC